UGGGGCUCCGGCGGGGGAGACGCGGAGCCGGCCGGCGGUGGGGACAUGGCUGACCAGCAUGCCCCCAACAGCCACCUGCGGCUAGAGUGGGUCUAUGGCUACCGGGGUCACCAGUGCCGCAACAACCUCUACUACACGGCGGCUAAGGAGAUCGUCUACUUCGUGGCGGGGGUCGGCGUGGUCUACAGCCCCCGGGAGCACCGGCAGAAAUUCUACCUGGGGCACCAGGACGACAUAAUCAGCCUUGCUUUGCAUCCUGAACGAGUGUUGGUAGCAACAGGUCAAGUUGGAAAAGAACCAUAUAUCUGUGUUUGGGACUCAUACACUGUGCAGACUAUAUCGAUACUGAAAGAUGUUCACACACAUGGUAUAGCUUGCUUGGCAUUUGACUUAGAUGGGCAGCGUUUGGUCUCAGUGGGUCUUGAUUCAAAAAAUACAAUAUGCGUGUGGGACUGGAGAAAAGGAAAAAUGUUAUCGAUGGCUCCUGGUCAUACAGACAGGAUAUUUGAUAUUUCUUGGGAUUUGUACCAACCAAACAAACUAGUCAGCUGUGGUGUAAAACAUAUUAAGUUCUGGAGCUUGUGUGGCAAUUCGUUGACACCAAAGCGUGGUGUUUUUGGCAAGACUGGUGAUCUCCAAACUAUACUUUGCCUAGCCUGUGCAAGAGAUGAAGUGACACAUUCUGGUGCACUUAAUGGAGAUAUAUAUGUAUGGAAAGGAAUUAAUCUCAUACGGACAAUACAAGGAGCACAUGCUGCAGGAAUUUUCAGCAUGAAUGCAUGUGAGGAGGGUUUUGCCACUGGUGGCAGGGAUGGCUGUGUUCGUCUAUGGGAUUUAAAUUUUAAACCAAUUACUGUGAUUGAUCUCAGGGAGACAGACCAGGGAUAUAAAGGUCUGUCUGUAAGAAGUGUUUGCUGGCGAGGAGACCAUAUUCUAGUUGGGACACAAGACAGUGAAAUUUUUGAGAUUGUUGUCCAUGAACGCAAUAAGCCUUUCCUGAUCAUGCAGGGGCACUGUGAAGGAGAGCUAUGGGCUCUGGCAGUCCAUCCUACAAAACCAUUGGCCAUGACUGGAAGUGAUGACCGAUCAGUCAGAAUUUGGAGCCUAAUAGACCAUGCAUUGAUUGCACGGUGCAAUAUGGAAGAACCAAUUCGCUGUGCAGCUGUUAGUACUGAUGGAAUCCAUCUUGCCCUUGGAAUGAAGGAUGGCUCUUUCACUGUACUUCGAGUCAGGGAUAUGACAGAGGUUGUUCAUAUUAAAGACAGGAAAGAAGCCAUUCAUGAAUUAAAAUAUUCACCAGAUGGGACUUUCCUUGCAGUUGGCUCCAAUGACAGCUCUGUUGAUAUUUAUGGUGUUGUUCAGCGGUACAAAAAAGUUGGGGAAUGUGUUGGAUCUGUAAGUUUCAUCACUCAUAUGGACUGGUCUUCAGACAGUAAAUAUUUACAGACCAAUGAUGGCAGUGGAAAAAGACUUUUUUACAAGAUGCCAAGUGGAAAAGAAGUAACAAAUAAAGAAGAAUUAAAAGGCGUCCAAUGGGCUUCAUGGACAUGUGUUUAUGGCCUUGAAGUUAAUGGAAUCUGGCCCAAAUAUUCAGAUAUCAAUGAUAUCAAUUCUGUAGAUGGAAAUUUUAAUGGUCAAGUUUUGGUUACAGCUGAUGACUAUGGAAUAGUCAAACUAUUCCGGUAUCCUUGUUUAAGAAAAGGAGCGAAGUUUAAAAAAUAUCUUGGGCAUUCAGCUCAUGUGACAAAUGUCAGAUGGUCACAUGAUCAUCAGUGGGUUGUUUCUAUUGGUGGAGCUGAUCAUUCUGUCUUCCAGUGGAAAUUCAUUCCUGAACGGAAGCUGAAGGAUGCUAUUCACAUAGCACCCCAAGAAAGUCUGGUUGAUUCUAACAGUGAUGAAUCAGAUUCAGAUCAAUCUGAUGUUCCAGAGCUAGACUCUGAAAUUGAACAAGAGACUCAGAUCACAUACCGUCGACAGGUUUACAAAGAAGAUCUACCUCAGCUUAAAGAGCAAUGCAAAGAAAAACGAAAAAGUGCAGCUUCUAAAAGAAGAGAGAGAGCUCCAGGGAAAAGUAUAAGAUUACACUUUGUCCAUGGUUACAGAGGUUAUGAUUGUCGGAGUAAUCUAUUUUACACUCAGACUGGUGAAAUUGUAUACCAUGUUGCAGCAGUGGGCGUAGUAUACAAUCGGCAGCAGAACACGCAGCGCUUUUAUCUGGGUCAUGAUGAUGACAUUCUUUGCCUUGCUAUUCAUCCCUUAAAGGACUACGUGGCAACAGGCCAGGUUGGUCGGGAUUCCUCAAUACACAUUUGGGAUACAGAGACAAUCAAACCACUGUCAGUAUUAAAGGGCUAUCACCAGUAUGGCGUUUGUGCUGUUGAUUUUUCAGCGGAUGGCAAACGCUUGGCUUCUGUUGGCAUAGAUGACAAUCAUACUAUUGUGCUCUGGGACUGGAAAAAAGGAGAGAAGCUUUCAGCAGUAAGAGGAAGCAAAGAUAAGAUUUUUGUUGUUAAAAUUAAUCCUUAUAUGCCUGAUAAACUGAUAACAGCUGGAAUUAAACACAUGAAAUUCUGGCGUAGAGCAGGGGGAGGACUGAUUGGGAGAAAGGGCUGCAUAGGGGCAAUGGGAAGAACUGAUACAAUGAUGUGUGCAGUAUACGGCUGGACUGAAGAGAUGGCAUUCUCUGGAACUUCCACUGGGGAUGUGUGUAUCUGGAGAGAUUUGUUUCUCAUAAAAACUGUCAAAGCACAUGAUGGUCCAGUAUUUAGCAUGCAUGCAUUAGAAAAAGGAUUUGUAACUGGUGGAAAGGAUGGGGUAGUGGCUCUCUGGGAUGACACCUUUGAACGCUGUCUCAAAACCUAUGCCAUCAAACGAGCUGCUUUGGCCCCUGGCUCUAAAGGUCUCCUCUUAGAAGACAACCCUUCUAUACGUGCCAUAUCGUUAGGACAUGGUCAUAUUUUAGUGGGCACAAAGAAUGGGGAAAUACUGGAGGUGGAUAAGAGUGGACCAAUAACUCUGCUGGUUCAGGGUCACAUGGAAGGGGAAGUUUGGGGUCUAGCCACCCAUCCUCAUUUACCUAUUUGUGCCACUGUAAGUGAUGACAAAACCUUAAGAAUAUGGGAUCUAUCUCCUAGCCAUUGUAUGUUAGCUGUUCGCAAAUUGAAAAAGGGGGGCAGAUGUUGCUGCUUUUCUCCUGAUGGAAAGGCAUUGGGUGUAGGUCUGAAUGAUGGAAGUUUCUUGAUGGUGAAUGCAGACACUCUGGAGGAUCUAGUCUCCUUCCACCACAGGAAGGAUGUUAUUUCAGAGAUUAGAUUUUCUCCUGGUGCUGGAAAAUACUUAGCAGUGGCAUCAUGUGACAGCUUUGUAGACAUCUACAAUGUAAUGAGCAGUAAGCGAGUAGGAAUCUGCAAGGGCGCCUCCAGUUACAUAACACACAUGGACUGGGACAUCAGAGGGAAGCUUUUACAAGUCAACACUGGUGCUAAAGAGCAGCUGUUCUUUGAAGCUCCUCGUGGGAAAAGACAGACAAUUCCCAGUUUGGAGGUUGAAAAGAUUGGCUGGGCAUCGUGGACAAGUGUUCUGGGCUCUUGCUGUGAAGGAAUCUGGCCAAUAAUUGGGGAAGUCACCGAUGUAACUGCUUCAUGCCUCACCAGUGAUAGUAAAGUCUUGGCCACAGGAGAUGAUUUUGGGUUUGUGAAACUUUUCCGAUUCCCUGCUAAAGGAAAGUUUGGAAAAUUUAAGAGGUAUGUGGCCCAUAGUACGCAUGUAACAAAUGUUCGUUGGACUCAUGAGGACAGUUUGUUGGUCACUGUCGGUGGGGCAGACACCUCUCUAAUGCUGUGGACCUAUGAGAUGGAGGGACAUCGAGAGAGCAGGCAGUGUGAUAGUGAAGAAUCUGAUCUAGAUUCUGAGGAAGAUGGAGGUUAUGACAGUGAUGUGACACGAGAAAAUGAAAUUAAUUACACCAUCAAAGCCUUAUCAACAAACAUCAGACCAAUGUUUGGAAUUAAGCCUCAUCUGCAACAAAAGGAGCCAUCACUAGAUGAAAGGCAAGGGGUAGUAAGAGGUUCCAGACCACCAGUUAGUAGGGCACUGCCACAGCCUGAAAAACUUCAGACAAAUAACGUUGGCAAAAAAAAGAGACCAAUAGAGGUCCAAUGUCACCCCACCCCACAAAUGUGUCUGAGCCACAGCUUUCUCCAGAGUCUAUCAGUUACAGAAACAGCACAUUCAGCCUAUGUGGUAUGGAGUCCCUCUUGGGAUCUAGUAUUGGAGCUGGUAUUUGGGUACCGAGGCAAGGACUGCAGGAACAAUGUUCACUAUCUGAAUGAUGGUGCUGAUAUAAUUUAUCAUACUGCAUCUGUUGGGAUUCUAUAUAACGUGGCAACAGGCUCUCAGUCUUUUUACCAGGAACAUAAUGAUGAUAUUCUGUGCCUCACUGUAAAUCAACACCCCAAGUUUACCAACCUUGUGGCAACUGGCCAAGUAGGAGACUCAGCAGAUAUGUCAGCUACAGCUCCUUCUAUCCACGUGUGGGAUGCAAUGAACAAACAGACACUAUCUGUACUGCGAUGCUACCAUUCAAAGGGAGUUUGUUCAGUCAGUUUCAGUGCCACUGGCAAACUUCUCCUCUCUGUAGGGCUGGAUCCUGAACACACCAUUACCAUUUGGAAGUGGCAAGAAGGUGCCAAAAUUGCCAGCAGAACUGGUCAUAACCAACGUAUAUUUGUAGCAGAAUUCAGACCGGAUUCAGAUACCCAGUUUGUUUCAGUGGGAGUAAAACAUGUGAGGUUCUGGACCCUGGCUGGAAGAGCUCUUCUCAGUAAAAAAGGGCUACUGAGUUCAAUAGAAGAUGCACGGAUGCAGACCAUGCUAUCUGUAGCUUUUGGAGCUAAUAACUUGACAUUUACAGGUACCAUCAGUGGAGAUGUUUGUGUUUGGAAAGAUCAUGUAUUGGUACGAAUUGUGGCCAAAGCUCACAAUGGGCCUGUGUUCACAAUGUACACUACACUAAGAGAUGGUCUAAUCGUAACAGGAGGCAAAGAAAGACCAUCAAAGGAAGGAGGGGCUGUUAAACUAUGGGAUCAGGAGCUGAAGCGAUGUCGUGCCUUCAGAUUGGAAACAGGACAGAUGACUGACUGUGUUCGUUCUGUGUGUAGAGGCAAAGGGAAAAUUCUUGUUGGGACAAGGAAUGCUGAAAUAAUUGAAGUUGGAGAGAAAAAUGCAGCAUGUAACAUUCUGAUUAAUGGUCAUAUGGAUGGACCUAUCUGGGGACUGGCUACACAUCCUUCAAGAGAUUUUUUCCUUUCUGCUGCAGAAGAUGGGACAGUGAGACUCUGGGACAUUGCUGAAAAGAAGAUGCUGAACAAAGUCAGUUUGGGACAUGCAGCUCGGACUGUUUCUUACAGCCCCGAGGGGGACAUGGUGGCUAUUGGCAUGAAAAAUGGAGAAUUUAUUAUAUUGCUGGUGACCUCUCUAAAAAUAUGGGGGAAAAAAAGGGACAGAAGAUCUGCUAUCCAAGACAUAAGGUUCAGUCCAGAUUCUCGUUACUUAGCAGUGGGUACUAGUGAGAAUGCAGUGGAUUUUUAUGACUUGACAUUGGGCCCCACGCUAAAUCGAGUUAGCUACUGCAAAGAUAUCCCAAGCUUUGUUAUCCAGAUGGACUUCUCUGCAGAUAGCCGUUUUCUCCAGGUCUCUACUGGGUCUUACAAAAGACAGGUCUAUGAAGUGCCUUCGGGAAAACAGCUUAUGGACCAGGCAGUGAUUGACAGAAUAACAUGGGCCACUUGGACCAGUAUUCUAGGGGAUGAAGUAGUUGGAAUCUGGUCCAGGCAUGCUGAGAAAGCUGAUGUGAACUGUGCCUGUGUCUCUCACUCUGGAAUCAGCCUUGUAACAGGCGAUGACUUUGGCAUGGUCAAGCUGUUUGACUUUCCAUGUCCUGAAAAAUUUGCAAAACACAAGCGAUUUUUAGGUCACUCGGCCCAUUUGACUAAUAUUCGAUUUACAAGUGGGGAUAAAUACGUUGUCAGCGCUGGAGGGGAUGACUGCAGCUUAUUUAUCUGGAAAUGUGUGCAUAUGCUUCAUUAAGAGAGACAUGGAGCCUUUGCAAAGAGGACACUGCGGAAAAUUACAGGCAUGAAAGACCCAUGAGCGCAAUGAGACAUUCUACAGUGCCCUGCAUGCUUACGAAAUGGUGCUGAUCUAAGACAGACAACAAUCUGUCUCUGAAAGACAAGUGUCUAGAGUCUAUCAGAAGAAUAGACUAUAACAAAUAUGCUGCGCCCCCUAGAUUUGCUACAGUAUUGGAUAAUCCAUGUAUGGAUUCCAUUCACUGCCAGACGUUGAAAAAGAAACACAUGGAUAAAAGGAAGAAUUACAGGUGCUCCCUGGAGGGAGAUGAUUACAACAGAGUAUUUGCAGCAGUGUUCUUGAAGAACAAUAAAGUCUCUUGAGGACAGAUUCAAGAUGGUGCCUUCUCCCUACACUUAUCCUUAAAAUUGGAUUUCCAGUUGAACUGCUUGAUAAUUCAAAAACAGUGGAACAACUCACUUUGUUUGCUACAUUUAAAAACAAUUGCUUACUAAUGACUACUUUCCCUCUUACCUUUAUCUUCUACUGUCAGAUUAUCAGGGGCCUAUGUACUAUUCCUUGAAUAAAAAGAAAAAACAACAACUUUC